AUGACCCCCUUCUUGUACAGUUUCGCCGAUUUCUUUCCCUGGAACGACCAUCUCCCUGCCGUCCAGGACGCUCUGACCACCAGCCGCUCAGCCUUCGCCAUCGACUACACCUACUGUUCACGGACGGGCGAGUUGACCAUCAGCGGCGUGCCUGGAGGAUUGGAAGGACCGAGGUCUAUGUCCGAAACAGAAUCGACAUCGCAUACAUCAUCAGAGUCACCGCAGACCAUGCAAGAAGAACCGCUUUACCAACAGUCCGAAUCCGGAUCGGAGUCGCCUACGCCAGCUGGUACCUCACAUACAUCACAUGUUUCACAUUCAUCGCAUCUGUCGCACACCAAAUAUGCGAACACAUACAACAUCUCCGCCCUCCUCCACGCUUCGACGCUGCCUUACACGUCGGCCCCGUUCAUCGUGCGCGCCAAAGCCGGCGAUCAAGAUGGAAUCAAUCUGCCGUCCUUUGCCGAAGCCGACGCGACCCUGUUGUUCUGGGAGAUUCACAAGGACGUCGCCGAGAUUCCGCUGAGAGUGAGGGUGGUGAAUGAGAGUACGGUGCAGAUUUGGCCGGAAUCCAAAUUCUGGGACGCCGACCGAGCCAAAGGCCUCCGCAAACCAAAAGAAACCCCUACAACUUUUCCUCCACUGCUUUCCAUCACCUUCAACACCACAAAGACGAAACCGUGGGCUGAUCGUAAAACCAUCACCACCGUCGUCGACACCUUCGUCCCGUUCCGCAUUCAGCUCCCCAACACCGAGACCGAGUCCAACUCAUCACCCUCGCAGACAUUCAUGCUCCGCCGUGCCAUCAGCGCACUCAUCGUGCCGGUCGGGUUGUUUCUCAACGAGUAUAUCGUCAACUACGCCGAUUUAACGGUCGUGGUUCUCCUGAGGACCGCACAGUUCCUAUGCUGUACCGUCGGGAUAUACUUGGGUGUGGUUCUUGUGUGUUGGAAAAUCAAGGGGUCUCCACCGUAUCAUCGCUUUAUACGGAGUUUCUGGCUCACCAGGCCUAUGGUCGUGUUUGUUGUCCAGAGAGAUUCCGAAUAUGACCUGGACUCCGAUCCGUUUACUACUACUGGCGGGAGUGGCUACCGUGGUGCUCGUAGGUAUCACAUGGGAAGUGAAAAGGGAGACAGAAAGUAUGAGCAUGUCGAAACGCGCAGCCAACAAGAGGGUCUGGCUACAAGUCCGAAACCGUUGACUUGUUUGUGGGACUUUGUUUCCAGUCGAUCGCCGCUCGAUGAUUUGCUGGUCACGUUUGAGGCAACGAGAGGCUUUGUGCGGCCGUUGGGCGUGCAGACUAGGAUGCGGCUCUGGAGGAGGGAGAGCCGCAGGGGGCCUAUCGAUGACAAUGAUGGGACUGAGGAAGAAGAGCGUGAGACUCCACGAUACUCGUCUCCGUAUGGGGAUGAUGAUGAUGAUGAGGAGAGUCGGCUCGGCGGCAUUGCCGUUGAAGCUCGUGCUCGUUCUCGUGCUCGUUCUCAACCCCGAUCCCCAUCGCGGUCUCAGACUCAACCUCAGAUUCGGACUGCUUGUGAUCACGUUCACGAGCACCAAGACAAGGGCCAGGCUGGCCUUGACUUGGGUCCUUCGACCAUAUCUCUUGCUGCACAGAACGGGGACCACAAGUCGUGA